UAUUGCUGCUGCCACUGCUGCUGUACAACUCCUGCAAACCACACAACCUCCAGGAACCCCUCCCCCCCUCCUCUCUCUCUCCGUACUUAUAGUACUUCGUCCGUACGCCGCUAACCCCCCGUACUUAUUGCCGAUCCAAAGCUGCCAUGCCAAGCGGCAAGCCCCUCUUCCCUUCUCCGCCUUGAAUCUUAUCGCAGUAGUGGCUGUGAAUCCAUUCGCAUCGCAACCAGCCAUAUGCUCACUUGACACUUGAUUGCGCGUUUUUCAUUUAAUUGAUUGUUUUUGAAGACGAUGAAUCCGUUGCCGCCAUGAAGCGAAGUCGUCACCUUUUCGAGGCCAAUGGCGAUAGUCCGUCAGCUAUCUCCCCUCAGGAUAUAGCAGCCCACCGCACCCCCGAACACGAUGCACGGCAGAGUCCAAAGCAUGUUCCCAAGAUCUCGCGCCGAAUACGCGCUUGCACAGAGUGCAAGCGGCACAAGGUGCGAUGUGACAUGAAUGAGGGGGAAACGGCAUGUCAUCGAUGUCGCCGGAUGGGAUUAGAAUGUGUGGUCAACAAAAGUCUUCAAACAUUGCUAGACGAUGAGACAGAAUGGAAGGCAGCGAUGGAACUUGCGAUGGCGGACUUGCUUCGCAAAGCUCGACUCCCCGAAUUAUCCUACUACCAAGCGAUCAGCAAGUCAGCUGAACCGUCGUCGAAGACGAGGGAUCGCAACGACUCUAUGGCAUCUAUAGAAGAUGCGCUGUUCCCGACAAGCAACCAUAGCGGGGGAACAAAACCCACUGAGCCUGCGCAUACCGCAAUGACUGAGAAUAGUGCACCUAGCACUACCACUCACCGACCGCCGCAGUAUUCCCUCGACAGAGAAGAGAACGGAGCAUCAUCCCUAGUCACUGCUCCUAUGGGAAGCUUGUACGAGGUGACUCAGCUGAGCGACAUUCAAACCACGUCCCCGGGGAGACACCAUGCAUUGGACCGGGCCCUUGUCACAGAUUUCAUAUCAGGGGGAGUCGUGGACAAACAAGAAGCAGAGGAACUAUUCUCUCAUUUCGAUCAAGUACUCAGUCGCUACUUAUGGGAUGGUAUAUUGCUAAAUCACAAGGAUCUAACCUCAGUGCGCAAUUCUUCCUCAAUGCUCUCUGCUGCCAUCCUCGCCGUGACAGCUCUUCACAUGCCGAGCAAAGAGCGGGUGUAUGAAAUCUGCUACACCGAGUUCGCGAAACUAGCAUCGGAGUCUAUGUUAGAUCGACAUCAUACGUUGGAUGAUCUACGCGCCCUCUGUAUAGGGGCCUUUUGGCUUGCCGACGUGAGCUGGAAGCUAUCUGGAUAUGCCGUUCGCAUAGCAACGGAGCACAACCUGCAUCAAUCGUAUAGAAAAGCCACACAAGGCUCUCCGGAACAUAUAGAGCAAGCACGGUUGUGGUAUCUCUUAUAUACCCUAGAACAUCAUUUUUCCAUCGCCUAUGGGCGGCCUCCCAUAAUACACGAAGACUUGAGCAUAAAGAACCACAAUAUUUUCAUACAAUCCCCGAACACGCAACAAGGGGAUUUGCGCCUGCACAGCCAGGUUGAUUUGUUCAUCAUCCUCACCCACAUUUACCAUGCCUUUGGUCCUGACGUUGACCUGGAGGUUCCUGAUAGCCAAUUCUCCGAGAUUGAUAAGUUCGAUGCUGCUCUUGCGGACUGGCAAUCGUCCUGGAUCCCUCGCCUAGUGGGGAGUCGAUAUGUCGGAAAGUAUCCCUACAAAGCGGUCUAUCUACACUACCACUUCUCUCGCUUGCAGCUCAAUUCGGUCGCUCUGCGAACCUAUCAUUCGUCCAGCUCUACGCGGCCCAUGUCCAAUGAGCGGAAGCACCGAGCAAGUAUAGCAAUACGAUCAGCUAUUGACACGCUUCGGGUCGUCCUUGAUGAGCCCGACAUCGAACGGGCUUUGGUGGGGGUUCCGCUCUACCUUCACAGUAUGAUCACUUUCGCGGCUGUAUUUUUGUUGAAAAUCGCUGCGAAAGGCUGCUCAAGUGGUGCGACGGGGACUACGGGCCAGCAAAAUUCCAUCGCAUCGGCCGGCUUGCUCAUCGAGGUCGGGUAUGUUCGUGCGCUGGUUAGCCGGAUCAUUGACAUGAUGGUCUCGUGCAGCAAACGCGCCAGUGAGCACCAUCUUAGUCAUCACAUUGCCCGUGGCUUGAAGAAGAUGCUUACAGGCUUGGAGGAGUUCGAGAAGCGAACCAGCAAUAGCACCCUGUCCUUGGGACAGAAUUCUCAGGAUAAUACCUCGUUGUCCAAACCUGUUGUCGUCCCUGGACCGCAAACUCUGGGUGGACGGGAAUCGAUCCUCAACCACAACCACCCACCGGCCUUGUUGGGGGUAGCACCACUCUCAGCAGAGAGAGGAAGUACUUCCGAGUCCAAUCCCGGUAAUGAGAAGCAAGAGGUUGGACUUUGGGAGGGCUCGGUCGAUCCGAUGAUGGCUGAUUUAUGGGGGUUUGACGAGGAGUAUUUCCCAACCGGAGUCUUCGAUUUUCUUCAGUCUCAGAUGCCUGCUUAGAGAUGUUAUAUACAUAGAGCAUAACGAUAACGACAGGAGACGAAUUGCGCAGGACGCAUGCAAUGACGACGAAUAUAUGUUACUAUGUUGAGUCUGGUGUUGUUGUUGGGGUGGGGCGGUACCAGGAUGUGAG